GCCCCAGCCAUUGCACACUCGCUGCUAGCCUCGGAUCAAUGGAUUAAUCAGUCAGGCAAAAGAAACACCUCCCGACCCGUCUUCACCUCGCACGAACGCCAGCUGGCCAAGGCAAGCUGGAAGUCGUCUUCCGCACGCCUGAACAGAGACUCGUACCUGCCGUUCGGCUCCUGUAGCCUAUGCCUCGAACUCGCCCGAGACCCAGUCACAUGCUCACGGGGCGACAUCUUUUGUCGCGAGUGCGCGCUCGCCAACAUCCUCUCACAGAAGAAGGAGCUUAAGAGGGCGAACAAGGCGCGCCGAGAUGCGGAACUGGAAGCGACCCGAAACGAUGCGCUGCAGGACGAGGAGGACCAAGCGCAGGUGGUGAAAGACUUCGAGCUGGUCCAGGCUGGCCUGCAGGCCGGUUCAGGCUCGGCCGGUAAAAAGAAGAAUUAUUUUGUUGAGGAAGCUCCUGCGAGUUCAAGCAAUGGAGGGCAAGAGCUCAUAGUCGCCGGCAGCCAUGGAACAAAGCGGAAGCUGGCUUUGGAUGAAGAAGAGCUCAAUCGUGCAGCAAAAGAAGACAGGGCAAAAGCAAGGAGAGCAACUGAACAAGAGAAGGCCUCCAGUGAUUCUCUCCCGUCCUUCUGGACACCAUCACUCACCCCAGACAUUCGAGAUAGCAAACUCGCACCGGCAGCGAAGAAGGCGAAAGAUACACCGCUCUGCCCAGCCUCCAACGACGGCAAUUCCCAUCCUUUCUCCAUGAACAAGCUCAUCACCGUUCGCUUCCACGAACAAUUCGAUACAGCCUCCCAGCAGGACAAAAGGUCGUGCCCCUCGUGCUUAAAGCUGUUAACUAAUGCCUCGGCGCCUAUUAUUGCAAAGCGCUGCGGCCAUGUAUUAUGCUCCAAGUGCGUCAAGCAGUUUAUUUUGCCCUCUGCCAAAGAUGCGAGCCAGGACACAGAUUCAAUCAUCACAUGCUAUGUCUGCGACCAGACCGUCGCGCUGGCGUCCGACGCACCUGGGUCAUCACAAGGCCUCCCUGUAGGACUGGUUGCUCUCAAAUCUGAGGGAACAGGAUUCUCAGCUCGGGGAGCCAGCACAGUCGAGAAAUCCGGGGUUGGUUUCCAGUGUUAG